AUGACCAAGUCAAUAUAUUUCAGUAAAUUUGUAGUUACUGAACAAGUGUUCUAUCGUACUAAGCAUUCAUAUGCGUUGGUUAAUUUAAAGCCAUUAGUUCCAGGCCAUGUAUUGGUGGUGCCAUUAAGAAAGGAUGUUAUUGGGUUAUCAGAUCUUACAUUCGAAGAAUCGCAAGAUUAUUUUAAUACUUUACAAUUGAUUCAGAAUUUUAUCUACUGGCAAUAUAAAGCAGACUCGUUGAAUAUAGCUAUUCAGGAUGGUCCUGAAGCAGGUCAAUCUGUGGCUCAUUUACAUACUCAUAUAAUCCCAAGGUUUAAGAUGAAUAACAUUGGUGAUCAAAUUUAUGAGAAGUUAGAUCACUGGAAUUUUGAAGAUUGGAAUAAAAGAAGGGAAGAGUAUUUAAAUGGAGGAGGAAGAGAUGGACGUAGAGCCUUGGCCAAACCAGAUGAUCAACGUAUGGCUAGAACAGAAAAACAGAUGUUCCAAGAAGCUAUCGAAUUGAAUACUCAACUGUCGAAAUAUCUACAAGAAUUCCCGGAGAUGAAGAAAUGGGUAACAAAGGAGACAUCAAUUUGA